AUGACACGCUCGGGCCGCAGAUUCAUCUCCCUGUUCGGAAUCCUCGGGAUUGUACUCUCAAGGUGUGACCUGUUAUCUGCCAAUGCCGAGUCCAAAAGCUGCGUUCCCGCCCAAUACGGUGUUGUUGAAACCGCCACGCUCGGAGUCUCCGUGUGUGCCGCUACCCAUUUCUCGACAGUGGCCAGCAGUGAUGGUCCAACCCGCUCGUAUCGGCAAUAUGUCUCUUCGCAGGCUCAGCCUCCAGUCAUUAGAGUCAACCGAACACGGCAAUCGCUUUCAUCCGGCCUACUCUUCAUUACUCCCGAGAUGUUUAGCCACGUCCUCCAACGGCCGGUCCCAGCAGCACUCAUAGUCACAAUGGAUGGAGACCUCGUCUGGAGUGCAAACUUUGCCUCCCCAGGAGCCAUGAUAAUCAACCUACACCCUCAGCAGCUCUACGGCAAGCCGGUAAUCACAUAUUGUAACGGUACAAAAGGCCACGUUAAAGGCUACGGAGCAGGAGCGGUGGAGAUACUGGAUGAUAGAUACGAGAAGGUGGCUUCAAUCUGUCCGAGACUCAAUGUCAACGUCGACACGCCAAUGAGUUCCACAACAGAUUGUUUUUGCGACUAUCACGAAGCCUUGAUCACGGGCGACAAUACCAUCCUCGUGACGGUCUACAACAAGACAAGAGCGGAUUUGACUUCCGUAGGGGGCCCGAAAGACGGGUAUGUUAUUGAUUCCCUUGCCGUCGAAGUAGACAUAGAAACGAACGAAUCUCUGUUCGUAUGGCGGGCGAUGGACCACGUCCCCUUGAAUCAUUCUCACCGCCAGGUUGAGCAGUCUGGCACCGAGUCUGACCCUUACGACUGGUUCCAUAUCAACUCUAUCCAGCCCUGGGAUAACGGAUUUCUUAUCAACAGUAGGCAUACUUGGACCACCUAUCUGGUGUCUCGAGAAGGAGAAGUAAUAUGGCGCAUCAAUGGAGCUGAUGGAGGUGACUUUGGGGAUUUACCAGAUCUCGGGCAUUUUCAUGAUGCUCGUCUGCAUAGCCAUGGGAAUGGCCAACUGGAAUUGACCUAUUUCGCCAACAAUAAGCAAACCAACGACGGCCCCGGAUCUGUGGCGUUGGCUCUGGCUUUGACCGUACCACCAAACAGGCUGAAUCCGCCAUCACUGAGAGAGUGCCUCUUCGAGUCAAAGCGUCCAAUCGUAGCGCGUGCUGGUGGCUCUCACCAAGUCCUUCCCAAUGGCAAUCGUUUAGUUGGCUAUGGAGAUCAGCCACUCAUGAAAGAGUUCGGGCGAGCCCCUGACGACAAGACCUGGGAAGUACGCUGGACUGCUCAGCUACCAUAUACAAGGCAUAGCUAUCGUGCGUUCAAACAAGACUGGCAUGCCAGGCCCACUACCCGACCGGAGAUGACCAUUCAGCGAGUAAACAAUGAAACGCACAACCAGCUCGACCAUUGUGCUGGAGAUAGUCGCUGGCGGGGCUACAUAAGUUGGAAUGGGGCCACGGACGUGGCACAGUACACUAUAUACUACGACAUUGGAGAUGGAAACAUGAGGAAAUAUGUUACAGUGCCGAAGAUGGGCUUUGAGACGGAGUUUGUUGUCCCUCUGGGCGCUGCGCGGGUGCAGGUCGCUGCACGGGAGUGUCCUGGCGGUAAUGAGUCUCUGGUGUUCUUCAAUUUGCAGGAGAAGACUCCCCUCACGCUUACGAUAGUCAUCAGCGUGAGUGCGAGUAAAUGCUGUCUCUUCAACCUGCUACCGCGGAUGGUGGAAGAAUGUUUGUCGACGAGGCGCCGAACCACUCGAGCGGGUGCCUUCGUACCAGGCGGAUGUACUCUAUGCAGACUGACGUUCCGUGUUGCUUGUGACUGCUCUCUACUCCUCUCGAUUGAUGUGAUGUCGGACCCUCAAUCGUCCGCGUGGCUACUCCAGGGUGUAUCGGGUGAGAAGGCGCCGUCUAUCGAUGACGAGGAACAGAUAUCGUCCCAAUGGAGCCUGUCACAUCGGCAGCGUAGAUCUUCGUCGGCGCAACGACGAUACAGCUGGUUCCGUAUAGCGGUUCUUGUCGGCUUCGUACUAAACAAUCUGAUAUGGUAUGCUGCAUGGCGAGGUUGGCUUUCUACAACGACUAGAGUCGAAAACAGUCAUCUCAAUUACUUUCUCCAGCAAGGGGAGCCGGAGGCUAUCGAAGUGCCGUUUGAGCAUGACUGGACCGGAUUGGAAGAGAUAGAAGUUAAUGGCUACAGAUAA